AUGUAUCAGGACUCCGACAUUGCGAAGAUGAUGGCAUGUGGUCAGACAAAGGCAGAAGCCAUCGUCACGGACGUGCUUGCCCCUGCCUCCGUCGAAGAUUGCUUGAAAGUCCUCAGAAGACCACUGAAUGACCAACGAGAGACAACAACCAAAGGUAAAGAGGAGAACCUGAAGACGGUGCUGAUGAACCUGACCAGUGCCUCGGUGCAGACUAACAAUGUGGGAACCAAGCAGGCAGACAUCGUCUACUUCUUGGCCAUAACACCCCAAUUUGUGAUGGAGGUGGUCAAAGCUGAGAGUCCGGAUGGCAUCCUGCUCUCCAUCGGCGGACAAAUGUCACUCAACUGUGGAGUGGUGCUGUUUCAGAUUGGCGUGCUGCAGCAGUAUGGUGUGAAGGUUUUGGGCACACUUAUAGAGUCCAUCAUCACCACAGAGGACAGACAGCUGUUUGCUGACAAACUGAAGGAGAUCGAUGAGAGGAUCGCCCCCAGUGUGGCUGUGGAGUCGCAGCAACAUGCCACCCGGCUCUCAGAGCUUGCCAGGCUUUCAGUAGCUGCCCCUCGGCAAGCAGGAGCUCAACCCCCCGGUCCAGCCCCGGCUCUCUACUCCAUAGCUUGA